ACACCCUAAAAUACUUCCAAUAUAAGCAAAUACCGUCCUGGAAUUGCAAAUAUUUUUUUUAAUGCGCCUUUUCUUAACCGCUAUAUUACUUUUCAACAAUAAGAUAUGAAACACUGCACGUAAGGCCUAAUGACUAUAUGUUCUGUAAAUGAGCUUUAAAUCCCUACCCCAGUUUUACCUACCAGUGUGUGUAUCGCCCAGAACGAGCAAUGAGGAAACAUGGAGCUUCGGUAAUUCGACACGCGCCUGUUUAAUUUUUGGUAGACAGUUAAAAAAUCAAUGCCCAUACAUAGAUAAACAUCGGAAAUUCUUUCUUAAUCUUUUUUUUUUUUUUUUUUAUAAAUUGAUCGAAUUUCAUCAAAUGCGCUUUGAGUAUACAAGUAUAUAUAAAAAUGCCCACCCCCUGAUUUUGCUGAUGAACGCGUACACGUGUACAGUAUAUCAAGAUAUUUACCGCAACAUGUACAACAUUUAAAAGUUUAAAGUAAUUUGAAGGUGUAUCGAUUUUAUAGGUCUUUACUUUGUAACUCUCUUUUGUGAAAAAAUCUUCUGGUUCGAUAACUUUUAAACCCCUAGGCCGCAAAAGAGAUAGGGAAUUCACAACUUGAGCAUUCGCCAGGUUGAAGUUGCCCGUGUUUUACUCGCGUUCAAUAGUCUACCUAUAUUUGGGGUAGGUACCAUGGAAACACAGAGAGAAAAGGAAGAACUUUCUGAUGAAGUGAGUAUUGUGGAGUGCCGUAUAUGUUCGAAAUGGACAACCCGGCCAAGAUGCUUACCCUGCGUGCAUUCAUUUUGCGAAACAUGUUUACAGUCGUACAUUCAGAAAAAGGCCGAAGAGAAAACUCGAACUGGUUCCACAGACGAAGAAAAGCUGUUGACUGACUAUCAUUGUCCCGUUUGUAACCACAAGGUUAAUGUUGCUGAUUCUGAAAUUCCCUCAAGUGCCUGGCCAAAGUUACUUCCGAGAAAUCGUUUGCUGAUUACAAUAGUUGAAAAACUUUCACUGCAACGCGCCAAAUUUUGCGAUCCCUGUAAGAGGGGAGACGAGGAAACGGAAGCAGUGUCUUGGUGUCGAGACUGCGGCGAGGCUCUGUGCAUUCAGUGUACAACUUAUCAUAAACGAGUCAAAAUGUUAAUGGAACAUGCAGUAUUUUCAUUGGAAGAAAUUCGAAAACAACCAAGAAAAAUCGCCGAAACAGAGGAAAUCUGUUCUUUACACCCUGGUAAGAACGUAGAAGCUAUCUGCCACAACCACGACAAGCUGUGUUGUAUGGAUUGCGUGGCCUACAACCACAGUGAGUGCAAACAAGUCAUUCCUAUAACAGAUGCAGCAAAAGAAAUCAAGGGCAGCAGAGACAUUACCAAUUUAAUCAUCAAAAUGAAGCAAAUCGACAACCAAGCUGUUUCUGUCAUAGAAAGUCAAUCUGCUAACAUGGAAGAACUACAAAAACAGCAAGACACCAUGAUAUCUGAAAUUCAAAAUCUGAGAGCAGAAAUAACGAGGCAUUUAGAAGCAAUGGAACAGCGGUUUAGAGAGGAUUUUUCAAUCAUGCACAAGGCUUUAUUGGAAAAGCUAGAAAUUCAAAGCAGAGAAUUUGGCUACAUUCACGAAGCAAUUAACAAUGGUCAAAAGGUGCUGACCGUUUCCCUCUCUCAUGGCUCAAGUGACCAAGUGUACGUCACCGCUCACAAACUGAAAAACAUUUGUAAAGAGUAUGAAAAGUUCAUCAAGACAGAGAGCAGACACAUCUAUCACCAUGACUACAAUUUAGAGUUUAAUGAAGCUAUAGAAGGUUUCACGACAAAAGUUAAUUCCAUUGCCAAAAUUAACAUUGACAGAUCUCCAACUAAUACGGUUCCUACAUUUAUGAAGGACAUGGUUGCUACGCAUCUUGGAGACAUUAAGGGGAAGUCUUCCUCAGACACAUUUCAUCCAUGGUUUACCAGCGGAAUCUUUCUUCCGAAUGGAAAUCUGAUAUUGACAGACUUCAAGAAUAAAAAAAUAAAAUGCUUCAACAACCAGGACACUUUGGUGUCUGAACUUUCAUUGGAGUUCCAACCAUGGGGAGUGGCUCUUUUCGAGCCUAACGUCUUAAUAAUAACCAUGCCCGACCGCCCAGAGUUAAGAUUUAUUUCACUUAAAAAUGGAAGUGAAAUGGAACUUUGCGAAAACACGAUAGAGACCAUAGCUGGUUGUCACAAUAUUCAAGUUGCAGAGGACAAAAUAACCAUAGCAUGUUCCACAGAAGUUCGAAUCUUGUCUAAAGAAGGCGUCCUAGAGAGAGUCAUUGAUAUCAAAGAUCGAGGCACACGUUACGCCCACAGAGCUUCUAACGGUACAGUGUCCUUUACAAAUAAGGUAUCUCUUGUAAGCACGAAAGACAACACCGAAAUAAUGCAAUAUUCUGACAAGGACCUGCGUUCGCCUCGCGGCUUUGCUGAAGAUAAAGAGGGAAACUUUUACAUAUGUGGUAUGGAUUCCAACAAUGUCCACCAAGUGCGGCCCAGCGGUAGCCUUGUGAAGCUGCUGCUUCAUUCAAAAAGUGGGAUCAGGAACCCGUACGCUGUUGGUAUCGAGGACUCGACCAACCGAUUUUUCGUAACUCAAAUGGACUGUGAAGUUGUGAAAAUGUAUCGCCUGAUAACAGAUUGGUGAUUAUCUAGAUCUCCGAUUGACACAAGUACUUUGCCGUGUAUAGCAUUAUCAUAAUAGAGGACUAUAUCUUUUAGGGUGUUGAUUUAACUGACUGCCACAUGUCAACAGUCAGGUCGAAUUAAAAUGAGGGGACCUGUACUUCUGUUAUUUGAAACGAAUAAACAUAAUAUAACUUAGUAAUACUACACGCUCUCUAAUAAAUCUGCCGAAAUCGACCCAUCAUGAAUUCGUGCUGUAGAAAAUCCGUCUUGACUAAAAUGUAGACCAACAACCAUACUUUGAAAAAUCCAUUUUCUUUUUGCUUCCUUGCAUAUGUAUAAAUUCAUUAUGUACAGCUUUCGUCUAAAUAAUGGUUUCUCAGAACUCCCUCGAUAUACAUGUUCCAGUAUAUAUUUAAGAUAUUUUGAGGAACACUUGGUAAUUUUCAGUUCUGCUGCACUUUUAACCGAACGCAUCCAAUAUUGAAACCUGAACCGGCAUAUAAACGGCGAGUUUAAAAAUUAGAAUUUAAGAAACUGCGUGGUUUUUGUGGUGUUUUUUUUAAUAUUCUUUAAAAACCUACAAUAUAUUCUAAUGAAUUGAUCAACUUUAUUUGCGUUUUAUAUAUAUGUCUACUCAAUAAAAAUUGUGAAGUUUUAAAUAUUGUAUUCUGAUAAACUAAACACAACAUAAAAUUGCAUUAAGCUUUUAUUCUAGGGAGGAGGUUUCCCCUCAAAUCCGCCAGUGAUAAACAUCCCAAAUAGACCUGAAAUUUGAAGAACCUUUGUAAAUAUACAAAAUCCCCUGAUGAUAGUUUGUUCGAUACAGUGUAUAUGAUUAAAAAGUAUAUUUUCUUUGACUUUCAUUCAAUGGGCAGAUGAAUUAAUCACACUUGAAUUACUAAGCCUUUGCAUUUAUAUCAACUUAGUAGUUUUUCUUCAAAUAACGUACUUAUCAUAAUCUAUACUUUAAAAUUAACAAUUUUUGCCAAUAAAUUCCGAGAUGCGUGCUCCAGAGUUACUGCUUGCACCUUUAGUAUUGUUUCAUAUGUGAGGUGAAGUCCGUAUAUAAGCUAUAGUAGAAUCUUACUUAAUUAGUAAAUAUCGUAAAAUAAAUUUAAAACCUACUUUCGUUUUCGAUUUCUGAUAUGGGCGGACUUCAUUUGUCCAAGAUCGGCGUACGCCGAAAUGCGCCGGUCAUAUGACCGGCGUAAAACGGCGAAUUGGCAAAUGAAGUAAACCGGCGUGAAACAAACAUGGAUGAACAUGUUGUUGUUACAACGAAACACAGAUUUUUUCGUAGUUUCUUAACAAUUUCUUUUUAUCUGCCAGCAUGAUAAGUAAUGCAUUGUGCAACCUCGGUAUACUUCGCAUAUGAGCAAAGUUGUGCAGUAUAGAGGAAUUAAACGUUAUAUUAAAGCUACGAAUGAACAUUUAUUUAAUCAAUGCAUUCAAUCAAUGAACAUGCCGAUCUAUUAACAAAUAUCUACAUUUUUUCAUCUCAUAGCAUCAUCUUACCGUGAGCUUUCCGCCAUUCUUGAAAAAUCGACGAAUUCCACGCCGGUCUUUCUAAACCGGCAAGAUCGGCGUACGCCGGCGAACCUUUCCCGGACAAAUGAAGCAACAAGCCGGGUAACCAAAGGUCAAGCGGCGCAUUCGGCGUACGCCGGUUUGACAAAUGAAGUCCUAGUGGCGGAUCUACAUGUAAACCAGUUUUGGUGUUGUUGUUUUGUUUUUAAAGAUAACACGAUAUGAACUAAAUCGAUUGAUUAUCGAUGCUUGAUUUUGAUCUUACAGAAGAAAAAAAUUGAUAAUUGUUGAAUGAAUAAAACAUUCCUGACAACUUCG